UCGCAGUGCUCAAAUACCAAUGUCAAUUUUUUAUCGGAGUGCAACACAUCACAGAGCCGAACAAUAUUUUUGUGUUUUAGUUCCUAAAUAAUAGAGUGACGUGACGUGAAUGUGUGGCUAAAGUAUAGAGCAGACCUCUCUUUUGCUAGUAGUUGCAAAACAAACCUUUAGUAAGCAUAUUUCUCUCAGCGCGGAACUAGGCACACCCUCGUCGUCUUCAUCUAAGCGUACUCUUUUUAGUGCCACAAUUUCCAUAGUAUCUCGAUUGCGUCCCUUAAACACCGUGCCUACAAAAUGGAUACUCUAAAUGAUGAUGCUCUCAUUCGCAUACUGGGCUAUUUGGAUCUUAAAUCGCAACAAGUUAUGCUAACAUUGCAUCCACGCUUCUACAAUUUGAUGUCGAUUGUCUGGAGCUCUCGGUACAAAACUGUACGGAUGUCCUUAUACGAGGCAAAGUUUUCAAUCGACCACUUGCGAUAUUUCUUUCGAAGCAUUUGCAAAACUGUGCAAGUUAUGCACUUGAGAAUGAUGUCCGCGGAGCAAUAUGGGGUCCUCAUUGGCUUCAUUUUUCCAAAAGUUUAUGAUUUUCGGUUUGCGACAGUGCCGAGUAAAUUGCUAUCCGAUUCGGAUAUACCAAAAUUGAUCGCAACUUUUCCAAAUUUGAAAACAUUUAGUCCUCAAGGCAACUUUUCGGGCAGAUAUUUCACCGAUUUCCCACUAUUGGAGCGUCUAACAUUGACAUACUGCAAACACUUUAGUGUUGAAAAUCUAGCAAACGUUAUGAAAGAACGUAAACUAAAAGAAAUCAAACUAUGCCUGUUUGAUCGUAAAACUAUUGAAAAAAGUCCUAUAUGUCUGCCUGCAGACUCGUUGGAUAAUCUAGAGUCCAUUAAACUAGAACUUGACGAGCUGCCCUGGUUUGAGGACCAUCUGGAAAGACUUAAUUGUCUUAGCGAACUGACCGUUUGUGGUCCUGGAUUUAUGGGCACACUUCCUUUACUGUGCCGCAAGUUGGGUUGCCUAACUCAAAAACAUCAUUUCAAAAUAUUGGAGACAUGCAACACCACUGACACGUUGUGCACGGUAAUUGGAUCGAGGCUACGUGUGGAUGCACUUAAAAUUGUCACAGAUAACUAUCUAUUAGAAGACAUGGGUUACUUUUCGCCCAAUAAUUUUCAAUACAUACAACAAUUGUUUUUUAAAAGCUGUUGUAUUCAGGAAAAGAAACAUUUAAACAAUCUUAUGCACAACAUUGCAAACGUGGAGAUUGUUAGCUUUGAGCAAUGUGUUUUUACUUUUGAUAACUACGAAUUUGUCGUAGCUAAAAUAGUUGAGAAGCGUGACAAACUUUUGCAGGUCAAUGUGUUUCAAAAUACAUGUGUAUUUACAAAACAACCAUGGAUAUUUUCCAAAGUCGGUCAGCAUUCUUUAGUGCAAUUCAUGGAUGGCAAAAACUUUGAAUAUACUUAUGAACCUAUUUACAUGACUUUCAAAUAAAUAAAAAAUACUU